GGCUUCUAAAAGCUCUUUGGUGAAACAAAGACUUACUUGUUACCUGUAAAUACGAGACCUUUCGCGACAGCGUGUUUUUUUUUCUUUGGUUCCGCAUCAGCCGCACAUCUCGAUUAUAUGAGAAAUGAAAUGUUUAGAAGCAGGUAAAAUAUUCCAUCACGGUCGCGCGUAGCUUGUCAGCAAUCGUAUCCUCUCAACCGAGGUUCGAAAAAAAAAGGAAAUCCCCCAUCUUCUCGCUUUGCAACUAGAUAUCCGGAACUUGUACCAAUACACCCAAUACUACGAUUUUUACCCUCCUCCAAACUUCGGAACAGGAAGCAAACAACGACUCGGGCUGCAUUGCCUGCCCGACCGAUUUCAAUUGUAUUAUUCGUCCCCCCACCCCCAUCGUCGCCUUCCACCAAAACAACGCCUUGGUCCCUCCUUAAUAAUAAUUAAACGAGUCUUGGUCGUUCUUUGGCGGACACGAUUCGGUCCUUCAUGGCUUGCAGGUCGACCGGAAGAUGAACUCCCUUAAUAUAAUAUCCGCGCGCGUCUCCCCGACCUCAAGUAACCCACCUUCGCGAUCCAACUCCCUAAGUCAUAUUGGUUUAGCCGUCGCCCAGACCGAUGACAACACAUCCCCUUCAGAUGAGACGUCGCCCAGCGAUAAAAGCGCGGGUACCUCCGAGUCUAACGAUAACGCAUUCAACACGGACGGCGACAUAGGCACUUUCCAAAGCGUGGAUGAGAAGACGCCUUUAUUAGAAAGGCACAAUGUCAAGGACGCGAAUAUCCGAUCUUACUCAUGGCACGUCAUUCCAGCGCGCAUAGCAAGUAAUCUCGUCAACUCCCUCCGCUGGGUCUUAUCUACCAUUGCCGCGCCCGGAGUUUACCUAGUUGCUUGCUUUUACGAUGAGCAAGGGAACUUUGCGCCCUUGCGACAACUCAGGAGCCUGUUUGGUAUCCAUGGGGCCGAUAAGCGCAAACUCGCAGCCGAUUUCCACGAUGGUCUCGCUGUAGACAGUGAAAAGGAAGCUUCUUCUAGACAUCCCGGCCAGACCCUCAGGGGGUUAUAUGCUUUUUCUGCCUCUCGACCGGUACCCUCUUCAGGAACUUCAUCCUCCGGCUUAUCGUCAGACUCCGAAUCAGAUACGGGCAGUAGAUCACAAGGUGCUCGCCGCGGUUCCGGUUCUUCCGGUCGUCAUGCGCGAUCCAAGUCCUUUGACCCUACAGGCGAAACGGCUCCAAGGAGAUCGAUAAGGAUUAAGCUCAACAAUGACGAGGCGAUGCGACAGCGAAAACACAAGAAGUCCCGUUCCGUGAGCGCGCCUACCGGCGCCGGCGCCGGCGAGGACUCAGCGGAUCUAUCAGCACAGCUCAAGUCUCCUACGUCGCCCAUCAGUGCUUUGACGAGAUAUCCCAAGACCCCCGCUCCUCCUAGACCAUUAAUACCCCAACGGCAGCCUUCUUAUAUUCCCUACGAACCCCUCGACCCUAAGCACUUAAAGACGUUGAUACUGGAUCUAGAUGAGACGCUGAUACACAGCAUGUCGAAAGGAGGUCGAAUGGGAUCAGGACACAUGGUCGAAGUGCGGUUGAAUACGACAUACGUUGGAAGUGGGGGCCAGCAAGCUCUCGGACCUCAGCACCCUAUUCUGUACUACGUUCACAAGCGGCCGUACUGCGACGAAUUUCUUCGAAAGGUGUGCAAAUGGUUCAACCUCGUUGUCUUCACGGCGUCCGUACAAGAAUAUGCCGAUCCAGUUAUCGACUGGCUGGAAUCCGAGAGGAAAUUCUUUUCUGGGAGAUACUACCGCCAACAUUGCACAUUCAGACACGGCGCAUUUAUCAAGGAUCUUAGCUCGAUAGAACCAGACCUGAGCAAGGUCAUGAUUCUGGACAACAGUCCGCUAAGCUACAUGUUCCAUCAAGACAAUGCGAUUCCCAUACAAGGAUGGAUCAACGAUCCUACGGAUAACGAUUUGCUGCAUUUGGUGCCUCUUCUAGAAGGAUUGCAAUAUGUUUCGGAUGUCAGAGCAUUGCUUGCAUUAAGGGGCGGAGAGGACGGACAGCAUAUGACGACGUGAAGACAAUAAACCAAAGCCCUUGGAAGAUAAAAUACAUAGCGGGUGUUGAUUGGUACUGACUGGUGCGAGGGAAUUGAUACACCGUGGGUUAGCAUUUUUGGAACUUCCUACCAACACGUGCUUCGUUGUACAGGUCUAAGGCGUUAAUUAUAAUAAGUGUACAUUUCUAAGAUGGAGAUACCCGUGGACUCUAGGAUCUAAGCAUGAAAGGACUCGUCGCAGUCCUAAUCCGAUCCGGUCCGUCUCGGCUAGGAUGGUUUGGCGGUCGAGCGGGGAAUUGCCUGUCUCGACAUAUUCCCGGUCUUGGUAUUGGUCGGGUUUUCGGGAUGGGGAUUCACCUAGUCCGCGUCGUCAUGAUGUCGUGAGCUCUGAAAGAGAUGACGGGGUUGGUUGUCCUGCUGAUAGUCGAUUCCGGUAACGUUCAAGCCACAGCUCCGAGUGGGUCAGGAGAGGAGAUGGUACUCCGGUCUGUAGGGAAAUGUAACCUCGUGGACCUCAGAUCUCAUCUCCACAACCAAUAAGAUCGAGUAUGUAUAGCACCUGGCUUACCAACUUGUACUUUCGGUAUGGGAUACUAGGGAUAGUACAAUUCAGUACCCGCAAAGCUACAUACUUGCAUAAGUACUUGAUGUUACUUACCCACCA